GUCACCCCGCAGCGUCUCCGUUGGCGUCAUCCGCGCGCGCCUCCGAAGGCAAAAUGGCGACCUUUCCCUCAGCUUUCGCGGCUGCCGGGCUAAGGAAGACGCUGCUGGUGCUGCGAGCGGCCGGGCGGCCGAGUCAGCCCGGGCAGGCGGCUUUGCUGAGACAGGUUUCAAGUAAGUCUAAUUCUGUAGACUUGGCGUACCCAGGGAUUAUUGAGUCCACCGAAGAAUAUAAAUUUGUGGAAAGGCUGAUACCACCUACCACAAUACCCAUACCUCCAAAACACGACCAGUAUCCUACACCUUCUGGAUGGAGGCCACCACAAGAUCCUCCUCCUGAACUUUCCUACUUUGUACGACGGUCACGCAUGCACAACGUGCCUGUGUACAAAGAUACUUCUCACCAUGGAUCCAGAAAGAUGACGAUUAUCAGGAAAAUUGAAGGCGACAUCUGGGCCCUAGAGAACGAGGUGAAGGCCUUCCUUACGGAAUUGUCCGGACGAACGCCAGCAACCCAAGUCAAUGAAAAUACCUGUAGUAUCCGUGUCAAGGGCUAUUUUGAGGAAGAACUCAAGACGUGGUUGAUGGACAAAGGCUUUUAAAUAAAGGAUAGCAAGGGAUGUGGCGAGAUCUGUCCCUUUGCGAAGACAGCGA